GCUGGUUUAAACCAACACGGAAAUGAGUCAAAUCACAAGUUUAUAGCUCAUGAAAUAAUAAUUGUUCAACUGGUGUAAACACAUGUUUUGCGGUGGUGAUGAAUAUGCCACAAACAUUUAUUGUAAAGCAUUUUUUUUGGUGAAAAAUUGGGGCGAGUUAGCGAACUAGUCAGUGAGAGAGCCAUUCAUUACAACAAGCUAACCGCGAGCAAGCAAGCUCUAGCUAGGUAACGUAUGCUAUCAUUGUAGCUAGUGCAAAAGUCAGAGGAUUAAUUCAAACGCUGCUGUCAAGAAAACGUUUAUCCUUUCAUAUCAUAGCAGUCAGCUAGCCAGUCAGUCAGCAAAAUGAGGGUACGGUCGUCUGUUUUUGCCUCUUUUUGUCUCAUACUCGAAGUACUAGGCAUUGCCUUGUUUCUUAGGGGUUUUUUCCCAGUCCCUAUCAAAUCUUCUUUUUCAUCGAAGAACAAGCUGUCAGAUCUUCCGCCUGAACCGUUUACAGGGCGCUCCCCCAACUCGUCCAAAGUCCCAGACCCCCUUUUCAAGAGAGUAGUGAUAGUGUUGAUCGAUGCGCUCAGGGAGGACUUUGUGUUUGGUCCAAAUGGGAGAAAGUACAUGCCAUACAUAAGGCACCUGGUGGAGAGGGGCUCCACACACAGCUUUGUGGCCAAGGCAAGACCUCCUACAGUUACAAUGCCCAGAAUCAAGGCCCUGACCACAGGUAGUAUCCCGGGCUUCAUCGACGUGGUGAUGAACCUGAACUCUCAAGCACUGCUGGAGGACAACCUCAUCUGGCAGGCCAAGACAGCGGGCAAGCGGAUAGUGUUCUACGGGGACGACACCUGGGUGAAGCUAUUCCCCAAGCACUUCAUGGAGUACGACGGCACCACCUCUUUCUUCGUGUCCGACUACACCGAGGUUGACAACAAUGUGACACGUCACCUGGACAGCACGAUGAAGAGAGACGACUGGGACAUUCUGAUCUUGCACUACCUGGGCCUGGACCACAUUGGCCACAUCAGUGGACCCCACAGCUCGCUCAUCCAACCCAAACUAAUGGAGAUGGACGACAUCCUCAAGAAGAUUCAUGGCUCCCUCAUCUUAAAGGAGGCAGAGGGGGCGCUGCCCUACCUGCUGGUGCUGUGUGGGGACCACGGGAUGUCCGAGACGGGCAGCCACGGGGGCUCGUCUGAGCAUGAGGUCAACACACCCCUGGUGCUCAUCAGCCCCGCCUUCAAGAAGAAAGUAGGGAUGGAGAAACAGUCAACAGUCGAGCAGGUGGACCUAACCCCGACCCUGGCUCUUGGUCUGGGCCUGCCCAUCUCCCAGAACAGCGUGGGCCGACUCAUCCAGCCCGUGGUAGAGGAGGCCUCGCUCAGGGACCAGCUGCGCUUCCUGCACCUCAACGGCCACCAGCUGAGCUACCUGCUGAAGGACAGCAUCCCAGCCUAUGAGAAAGAGGAGGGCUACGAACAGUUCCGCGUGGCAGAGAAGUCCCAUGGUAACUGGGUGAAGCUGGUGGUGGAGGGCAACACGUCAGAGGUGCUGACCAACAUGGGGAAGAAGGUGCUCAAGCAAUACCUGGAGGCCCUCAGGGCCAUGAGCGCAGCCCUCAGCAAGCAGCUGGGCAAAUACGACAUGUAUUCCAUGGUGGUGGGCAUGGUCCUCGUCUUCCAGCUCCUUCUCCUCCUGCUGCUGGCCAUGCCCGAGGCACUGAGCAGCGCCUCAGAGGUGGAUCUCCCUGUGUCCUCUGCGCUGCUCUCGCUUCCCUUCUACCUGCUGUGCCUGCUCCUCUCCUCCAUGCACGUGCUGGUGUGCACGUCGGCCGAGAGCUCCUGUUACUUCUGCAGCCUCUCCUGGGGCCUGGUGUUCGGGGCAGUGGCCCUCUCCUCAGCCCUGCUCUGCAUCCUGAUCUCUAUGGCAGCCAGGAGGGGAGCAAAGCCCCCUGGGAAGUCUCCAUCCCAUGGUGUUGUCCGCGGUUGGUGGUCUCUGUCGGAGCUGGACGUUCUACUCCUGGCGGGCACGGCUGGCCACACCCUCAGCCUGUCGGCCAGCAGCUUCGUGGAGGAGGAGCACCAGGUCUGGUACUUUCUGCUCAACACCCUCUGCCUGGUCGUCUUCCAAGACGUCUGUCGCAAGUACUUCCGGGAGCACCGUGCUAACAUUGGGAGCUUGGAGGGCGAAGACUACCUCCUCCCCUCUAAUGAGGGGGACGCGGUUGCCUCACCGUUGGCUGAUUUGGGGGUGACGGACGUGGGUUCGGAGAGGUGGCUGGCCCUGGCGACCCCGCCGCUCACCCUGGCGUGUUGUCGUCUGCUGCGCUCGCUCAACCAGACCGGGGUGCAGUGGGCUCACCUGCCUGACCUGGGACACUGGCUCAACAGCUUGGAACACAAGAUUGUGCUGUCCUUGUUGGCCGCCUUGUCAUUGGCUCUGAUCUACUUCCUGGUCCAGCGAAGAUGUUCCGGGGUGUCCAAGAUUGCCCUGGCCCUCGGCCUUCUGGGUGUCUACAGCUACCGGGCGGCGGUGGGCAAUGUUUUGUUUCCGUGGCAACAUGGCGGUGGAAACAUGUCCAAGGGGAUUGUGGAGGCGCGCUUCGUGUACGUCUUCGUCCUGGGCAUCCUCUUCACGGGCUCCAAGGACCUGUUGCGGUCUCAGGUCAUCACAGCCGAUGCCCGGCUGAAGAGCAGGGGCUUGUGGGAAAUCUACAGUGGUGUGGUUCUGUUGGUGGCCCUGUUGUUCCGGGCCCACAACCUGCCGGUGCUGUGUUGCUGCUUGCUGGUCCAGACUCUGAUGGCCCAGUUCAUCUGGAAGAAGCUCCACUACGACGCUGCCCAGACCACCAUCAUGCACUACUGGUUCGGACAAGCCUUCUUCUACUUCCAGGGGAACUCCAACAGCAUUGCCACGGUGGACAUCUCGGUGGGCUUCGUGGGACUGGAGAGCUACGUAGAGGCCCCGGCUGUCUUCCUCACUGUCCUCAGCACGUACGCCGGGCCCCUGCUCUGGGCUGCCCACCUUGUCUGCUACCUCAGCUCAGAGAACAGGAGCUCAGUGGCGGUCGGCCAUGGUUGCUACUGCUUGGCCCUGUUGCGCUCCGUUCCGGCGGUAGCCUACGUGGUUCUGGUCACGGCCCUGCGCUACCACCUCUUCAUCUGGAGCGUCUUCUCUCCCAAGCUGCUGUAUGAGUCCAUGCACACGCUGCUCACCGCUGCAAUUUGCCUCUUCUUCACCACCAUGGAGCAGAGCCGCAGCUUCAGCAGGACCUAGGGAGCCCACGGCUCAGAGGGCUCUCAGCUUUCAGGAAGGGCCUAAGGAGAAGGGCCAAAGAGCAAAGACUCAUGGGUAAUGGUGGUCCUGAUACUGUCCUUGUUGACUUCUGGAUGCCCCACUACUACAUCCUGAAGGAAAAGGUGUGAAUGUACUGUCUGCUGCACUGGACUUCUAGGACUGCAGCAUUCACUUGGAUGGCAGGUAGCCUAGCGGUUAAGAAUGUUGGGCCAGUAACCGAAAGGGCACUGGUUCGAAUCCCCGUGCC